UCUCAAUGUCGGACGUGCUAUGACAGCGUCAUUACUUCUCCAUUCCCGCUGGAUUGACCCGGUGAUGUUCGUCUACGACAACGGUUUAGAUGAAGUGAACAAAAAUAUGGAAGGAUUUGCGGGAGGCAAUUUUGCUGCAAACCAGUGCAGGAAUCUGAUGGCGCAUCCGGCAUCCCUGGCCCCGAGCGCUACUUACACGUCGAGUGAGGUGCCAGCGUCUGGCAUGGGCGAAUCUGUCAAACAGUGCAGUCCCUGUUCCGCCGCACAGAGUUCCACCAGCGCUUCUCUACCCUAUGGCUAUUUUGGCAGCAGCUACUAUCCGUGUAGGAUGUCACAGCACAGCAACAUAAAAUCGUGCGCACAGCCUUCUUCAUAUGCAGAGAAGUACAUGGAGACAUCUGUCUCUGGAGAGGAAUUCACCUCUAGAGCCAAGGAAUUCGCUUUCUAUCAAGGUUAUACCACCAGCCCUUACCAACCUGUCCCCAGCUAUUUGGACAUGCCUGUUGUGCCCACCAUGAGUGGCCCAACAGAGCCCAGACAUGAUUCUCUGUUGCCCAUGGAAAGUUACCAACCAUGGGCUAUCACCAACGGGUGGAACAGUCAAGUUUACUGUGCUAAGGACCAGGCGCAGCCCAACCAUCUGUGGAAGUCGUCAAUUCAAGACGCAGUGACUCACGCAGGAGAAGGCAGUUCUAUUCGACGUGGAAGAAAGAAGCGUGUGCCAUACACGAAGGUACAGCUGAAGGAACUGGAGCGGGAGUAUGCCACUAAUAAAUUCAUUACAAAGGACAAGCGAAGACGGAUAUCCUCCCAGACAAACCUAACCGAACGACAAGUCACAAUCUGGUUUCAGAACAGGCGAGUAAAAGAGAAGAAAGUCGUCAACAAAUUCAAGACCGCCAGUUAGCUUUAACAAAAAUUAAGAAGAACAAAUGUAAAGCUGACUUGAAGGCUGGUCUAUUUUGAAAAAAGAAGUAAAACAACACCUUAUGACCUAUAUACUGUUUUAACAGGCCACCACUCAGCUUUAGUGGAUUGUUUAGAAUUGGAGUGGCACCCGUCAUGCUGGCCGCAUAAGGUCUCGCGGGUCUGAAGCUAAAAUGGGAAAUGUUAGACCUCCAUCUUGAUGUUAAACAUGACUUCUGAGAAACGUCGUUCAUCCGAUUGACAUCCACAUUGCUCCACUGAUCAUCGAGUUGGAGAUGUUGCAAUUUUCGGUUAAAUACAAAUAUAUAGAUGCGCUAUGCUUAUAAUGUCCAGGAAAUGAAGAGGCAUAAAGUGUGUAUUUAAACA